AUGGACAUAAUCAACAGUGCCCAAGAAGCCAGUGAUGAAGCUUUUUAUGCUGAACUUGAGAGACGAAUAUUGACAUUGAUUGAUGAUCACGACCACACAGAAUUUUUGAGCGACACACAGAAAUAUUCAAGCUGUUCAUCAACUACAAAACGGAGAUAUGACACAGUCAAACAAACCGGUAAUUAUUUUUAUUGGAAUGACGACAAUGGUGGUGAUUUAGUACCAGCUUCGAUUUUGAACUUAUGGAGAAGCAACAACAAAGGAACUGGGGUUUUUAUUCCUCGUAUAGUCAGUUCUAGAAGUAAAAAUAAACCAAGAAGAAAAGGCAAUAACAAGGGAAUAGUUUACAAGGACGUUGGAAGUUGA